AUGGAACAAGCCCUGCGCCCCGCUGUCUACAUUCCACAGAAGAGAGAUGGCGAUGCGGAUGGCGGCGGCGGCGGCGGCGGCAGUGGCGCCGUGGCGGUGAUGUGCGUGCUGGCGCCCCGAGCGAAAUGGCGUGGUGGCAGCAGCACUGAAGAAACAUCCUCCCAAAAUAGUUCUAGCAAUCAGACAGGGGCACAUUGUUAUACAGGGAAGACGCCGGACGCCGACGCCGACGCCGACGCCGACGCCGCGGCACAGGCGGCGUCAGCCGCGACGCCGGCGACCCAGGCGUGGGAGCGCGGGACGGGGCGGAUCGUGGCGCUCAAGAAGGUGUGGUUCAACAGGUCGGACUCGGAGAGCGUGCGGUUCAUGGCGAGGGAGAUCCAGUUCCUGCGGCGGCUGGACCACCCCAACGUGAUGAAGCUGGAGAGCAUCGCCACCUCCCGCCGCAGCAUCUACCUCGUCUUCGACUACAUGUACGACGACCUCGCCAGGCUCGUCUUCCGCUCCGGAAGGUGCCUCACCGAGCCGCAGAUCAAGUGCUACAUGCAACAGCUGCUCGAGGGGCUGCAGCAUUGCCACGAGCGCGGCAUCCUGCACCUGGACAUCAAGCACUCCAACCUGAUGAUCGACCGCAACAGCGUGCUCAAGAUCGGCGACUUCGGCCUCGCCAGCGACUACGGCGCCGGUCGCUGGCAGCCACCCCCCAACCGCGUCGUCUCGCUCCCGUACCGUGCUCCGGAGCUGCUGCUGGGCGCCACCAGCUACGGCGUCAGCGUCGACCUGUGGAGCGCCGGCUGCCUCCUCGCCGAGAUGUUCUUCGGCAAGACUCUCAUGCACGGCAGUGGCGAGAAGGGUCAGCUGCUGAAGAUCUUCGAGCUGUUCGGGUCGCCGCCGGACGACUACUGGCGGAAGAUGAACCUGUCGCCGUCGCUCAAGCCCCCCGAGACGUACAACUCCACGACGGCCGAGCGGUUCCGCGACCUGCCGCCGACGACGAUCGGCCUGCUCGCCACGCUCCUCGCGCUCGACCCGGCCGCGCGCGGCACCGCCGGACAGGCCCUGCAGAGCAGCUUCUUCAGCACGCCGCCGCUGCCGUGCGACCUCUCGCCGAUCCCCUUCGUGUACAAGGUGGAGGAGGGGGUCGACGCGAGGAAGCGGAGGCUGCCGUUGGUCAUCCGGGUAAAACCAGGUGUCCCCCUGAAUUUGUUCCAGGAUCAGGAAGAUGAUAAAUGGACUGAUGAUGAAUUGACUGACACGGCGAACUCAGGCCAAGAACCAGUAAUUAACACAGGAAAUCCAGGCCAAGAAUCAGCUGCUGCUAAUGCUUCCUCCAGCGCUCACGACGCGUCAUCAGAAAAAACCAUCGUCAACGCCUCAUCCAGCACAGUCGCGAAACGGUUUUCGGUUAGCCCGGUCGUUCAGGAAGCGAGCCCGAUUCAGAAUCAGAUGGUAACGCAAGAUCAGAAGCAGGUGCCGAAGGCAAACACCUCCCACCACUCGGGCAGCGACGACGAUGGCGAGGAGCCGAGGACCACCACCUGGUCGCGGCUUCGGACCACGAUGACGGCGACGACGGCGUGGAGGAGGAGGAGGCCAAAGGCGAGCAGCUGUCCGGCAGCAGCGGCGGCACCGUGA